AUGAGAGGUACUGGUAGAUCGAUUGCAUGGUGUGCUGGACUUGUAUUAUCCAUUGCAACCAUUGCUAUAUUCAGCGAGGGUGGCAAAAGUAUAGUUCAAGCACGGUGCAUAGACAGUGAGAGACAAGCUCUUCUUGACUUCAAACAGGGCCUUGAAGAUUAUCAUAACACCUUAUCCUCUUGGACAAGCGGCGAAGGAGAAGACUGUUGCCUUUGGAGAGGUGUCAAAUGUGACAACAAAACCAAUCAUGUUGUGGUACUUCGUCUUGGUGAUCAUGUUCUUGAACCAGGCAACUUUGGUCAUGACUACUCCAGAUACUUUCAUGACUUUGAUUAUUAUGUCAUAAUCGAGCCUAACAAGUUCAUUGGUUCUUUAACUCGGCUUAGAUACCUUAACCUUGGAUCCAAUCCAAUAAGUGGAACUAUCCCUUCCCAACUUGGUAAUCUCACUAGGCUGCGUUUUCUUGCUCUUGAUCGUGCCGAUGAGUUGAUUGCUGAUAAUCUGGAAUGGCUUCCCCGUCUUUCAUCGCUGACAACCCUUAAAUUGGGUACUCUCACUCUAUCCAAGCCCGCCGAUUGGCUUCAAUCAAUCAAAAUGGCCCCUUCAUUGUCAAGCUUGGAAUUGUUUGAGUGCUAUUUUCCUUAUAAGGUAGCUACUUCAUCUCUUUCUCAUAUAAAUUCUUCCAAUUCUCUUAGAGCUCUUGUCAUAAAACACAGUAAAUUCCAUCCUACAGCAAUUCCUUGGUUGCUCAAUGUCAGCUAUAAUUUAGUCAAUCUUACUAUAAAGCAUAGCGAAAUAAUAGAUCCACUCCCAAAUUCUUUUGACAGUAUGAGGUCCCUUGAAAACAUUGAUUUGAAAUCAAAUAAACUUGAAGGUGGAAUACCAAAAUCCUUGGGGAAUCUUUGCAAUGUAAAGUCUCUGGAUCUUUCUUUCAACCUUUUGAAUGACACGCUACAUCUUAUAGAGACUUUGACUGGUUGCACUGCCAAGUCCUUGGAGAUUUUGUAUUUGCAGGGCAACGAACUUGUAGGUUCAUUGCCUGAUCUUUCCCAAUUUUCAUCCUUGAAAGAGUUACGCUUAGCUGAUAAUAAACUAAAUGGUAGCUUAGCGGAAAGUAUUGGCCAGCUCUCUAAUCUUGAGAUCCUAGAAGUUUCUUCAAAUUAUAUUACUGGAGUAAUCUCCAAAGCCCACCUACAAAAAUUAUCCAAAUUGAAGGGGUUAGAUUUAUCAUUCAACUCCUUGACAUUGAAUUUUGAGUCCAAGUGGGUUCCACCCUUUCAACUCUUUUCCUUAAAGUUGAGUUCUUGUAAGUUGGGUGCACCAUUUCCUGGUUGGCUUCAGACCCAGGUGAAAUUGAUUAACAUUGAUAUCUCUAAAUCCGGUAUUUCAGACAAUAUCCCUGACUGGUUCUACAAUUUGACACCCAAAUUAAUCAACUUGAAUCUGUCUUUCAAUUCUUUCAAAGGUAUCUUACCAAAUUUUCCCUUGAGAUAUGAUAUCUACCCAGUCAUUGAUUUGAGCUCCAACCAGUUUUAUGGUUCCGUUCCCGUUUCUCUUGCUAAUGCAUCUGCACUGAUUAUCUCCAAUAAUUCAAUUACGACCUUCAAGCUAUUCUUAUGUACAGAAGUAUCUGAUAGGCCAACAACUUUUCUUGACCUUUCUAACAAUAUGUUAUCUGAAAGCCUUCCUGAUUGUUGGAUGCAUUUGGGUAAAUUGAGAGUUCUUAAUUUGGAAAACAAUAAAUUGUCUGGAAAUAUUCCUUCCUCAUUGGGUUCGCUGGAUCAAAUUUCAACACUGCGUUUGAGCAACAACAGCAUCUCAGGAAUUUUGCCUUCCUCGUUGAAGAAUUGCAGUUUGCUACGACUUUUAGAUGUUGGACAAAACAAUUUGUAUGGAGAAAUACCAAUAUGGAUUGGAGAUUAUCUAACUGAUUUGAUUGUCCUGCAUUUAAAGUCAAAUAGAUUCUACGGGAGCUUACCUUUAAGUUUAUGUCAGCUUAGUGAUAUUCAAAUACUGGAUCUUUCCCUAAAUGAUUUAUUUGGAGUCAUUCCACGGUGCUUCCAUAACUUUACCCCAAUGAUUCAUGAAGCAGAUGAUUCUGAUUACGGUACUUUUGUCGAUGGCAUUGAUUCUUCAUAUAUCAUUGAUCCAUCGAGAGGUUAUGGACGAAUCUUUGUAAAUUAUGCAUACAUAACAUGGAAAGGGAAAAACUACAAGUAUGACAAGAAUCUCAGACUACUCAGAAUUAUUGAUCUUUCAAGUAAUAAACUGAGCGGAGAGAUUCCUACAAAUCUGACAAAUCUUGUAGAGUUGGUCCAGUUAAACCUCUCAAGGAACAACUUGAGUGGAACCAUCCCUGCGAGCAUAGGGAAGAUGAAGCUGCUGGAAUCUCUGGAUCUAUCCCACAACCAGCUUUCUGGUAAAAUUCCAAUGGGAUUAGCUGAUAUAUCUUAUUUAGCUUUCUUGGACUUGUCGAAUAACCAGUUGUGGGGGAGAAUCCCUACUGGCACUCAAUUGCAAAGCUUUGCACCUUCCCAAUAUUCAGAGAACAGAGGACUUUGUGGACCUCCUCUGAAUGUUACAUGUUGUGGAGAUGGAAAAUUGCAAGAAACUUCUACUUCAUGCGAAACCGGUGCUGGAAGAAACGUUGAAGAAGAUGAUGAAGAGUGGGUUGAUAUGUCAUGGUUUUACAUGGGAAUUGGAGUUGGAUUCGGUAUUGGGUUUCUGGGAACCUGUGGGUUGGCUUGGUAUUUCAACACUUCCUGGAGACGUAUCUAUUUUAACCAGCUUUUGGGUCGUCGUCGUUGGAGGACUAGCCACUAUGGAGCUAGAUUAAGAAGGCCACUUUGA